AUGAGGAAAUUACACAAACCAAUGUAUGUUCUGAUUUGCAACCUUGCUGUUGUUGAUAUAGUGUACACCUCCAGUGCCGGUCCCACAAUGAUUGGGGUUCUACUUGCUGGGGUUAAGACUAUAUCCUAUGUAUCAUGCUUAAUUCAAAUGUUUGUUUUCCACUGGGGUGGGGUGAUGGAAAUGAUAGGUGUGGUAUUAACUCUUGAGGCUCGCCAUGGCUUAAUGAUUGGGGCUAUCCUCGGUCCAUCUCUUUUAAAUCCUUUGGUGUAUUGUCUUAGGACAAAAGAAAUCAAAUGGCUGCAGUCAAUCAAAGAAAAUCUUGGUUCGGACUCUCUGUCCUUCUUUGGCACCUAG